AGGGAAUAGAAAUUAGAUGAAUUUCACUUCGAAAACGUCUUGAUCUCGACAAUCCUAUCGGUCGAGGCCAAUGAUCAUGUUUAUCAGAGUUCGACGACACUGAAAAUAGUGUGCUCAAGUGCCUGGCUUGGUGAUCUGAGCCGCUCACAGUCCUGAAGCACCCUCGUGACUGUAAAUGGAGGACCUCCAGCAGCGACCGCUGUCCGCAAGACCGACCUCUGCGUUAGAAAGCCUGGAUGUGUCCACAAUUGUACCCGAGAGUGUCUUGAGUCCGGAAGAGAUACGCUUGCUGACGUACAAAUUCUCGCUCUGUAAUACUGCUGCCGACAACAAGAAAGUUCGGGCGCCACUCGCACGAUUACCUGCAGCUCGCGCUUACAAGCUCUUCCGGGAGGAUUACCCGUCGCUGUCGCAAUGGGAGAUCCAAGCCGUUUUCAACAAGUACGAUGUCGACGGAGACGGGCAUCUUUCCUUCAUGGAGUACCUCCAGACCCGCGCGUAUUACCGGAUGCUGCUUGAAGAAAACACGCAGAUGGAGUUGCAGCGCAUCUUCUCGAUUCUAGACACCGACGCGGACGGGAUCCUUCUUGCGGACGAUGUGUUGCACCGUAUCGAGCAAACUGGACUUCAAGGCGUCGGUAUGCUGAAGCAGGCCAUCACACAGGCGGCUGAAGCCACCAAAGGUGCCGUAAAAAGCAGGCAGUUCCGUCAUCGUGAAGGUGAAAUCACCUUUCCGCACUUCUCGGCGUCGAUACAGGACGUGAAUCGUAAGAUGGAGCAGGGGAUCGCCGCGAAAACGCUUCGAGUGAUCGACCUGCAGCUGGAACAACAGCAGCAACAGGUUCUCUGGCUGCGAAAACCCACGUCCGCGCCUGACCACAAAGCGGAGGCACUCCGGAUAGAGAUCGAUGUGCUGCAUCGCGAGAUUCGACGGUUGAAGAAGGAACUCAUCACUGAUAACAACAACGCGCUCGAGGAGGCCUGCGAAAAGUUGAUGGCAACGUACGAGAACGAGCAGCACGUGUAUGAGUGCCUCAACAACUUCAUCAGCUACUGUAAUCUCCAUGACGCGACACUUUUCCGAUACAACCUCGAGCGCGAGGGAAAGAGGGUUCACAUCUUGAACGCGAUGCUGCUCGCCCCGCCCGAGCAUCUCAAGGUGAUGCUAGAAACACUGCUGAUGAAUCCAAAGCUUCGCAAGCAGUUCGCGUACUACGCCAUGAACGGAAACGUGACGAAUCUUGUCUGGAUCACGCGCACCAACUUCAUCAAAUUCGUCAAGGACUGCAAACUGGACCUGCUCCCAACGCCAGCACUGAAAGAUGUGGAUAUCACGAACAUAUUUGCUGCUGCGACUGGUACCGGGAAGUCAAUGGGCUUUGCUGAGUUGCUGUCCGCCUGCAUCUUGAUUUUCAAGCGUGCCAACCAUUUGCAAGGGUCAUUAUCGGACGAUGACAUACAUAAUUUGGUCGAGACGCACAUUAUCCCACGCGCUAAGUGCAUUCGCGUACAGCAGCUCGCGCCCGACAUAUCCCAAAGCCACGUUUUGAAGCUGUUGACAGAGCAUAUCUGGCAACUCAAGCAAAUUUUCUCACAUUUCGGAAUCCAAAGCCUGACUGAGGUCGACAGCAAAGUCCGCCUUGACAUGAAGGAAUUCCUCACUUUUGCACGGGCAUUCAACAUCGUUCGCUCUACCCCAGACGGUGAUGGUGAGCCCCUUGCCGAACUAAUUCGUGAGUAUUACGCUGCAAAGCUGGACAUCAGCAUCACGAAUUCUAAACGCCGAGAAGCUGCAGAUCUCAGCUUUCGCGAGUUUCUUCGGUGUAUUCAGCGAAUUUCCUUAGCCAUGCACGUCCGCAAAUCGCACGACACUCCUCGAGCCAACGGCGUAACUACCACACUUUUUGAGGCAACAAAAGACGACUGCAAUCGAGCACCUGAGAACGUGUCUACACCUCGCUCACCGCGUACUCCACGGUAUCAGCGUCGUGGAAACGUGUUGGACACAUCACCAAUGAAGAACUGCAAAAUCACGAGUACAUCCGUCAUCUCGCGCCUGCUUCAAACGUCAAGGGCAAUGCCCACAGCCCCGCUAAAACCAACUCCACCACCUUGUUCUCUCAAAACACCCAGGCGACCGAUUACGUCUGGUGGCCCGCCACUCAUUCGGGUUGUCCAGCGACCACAAUUUGAGUUUUCCGGUUAG